AUGUUAGAUAAGAAAGCAGACAAGAACCAUACACAUAAAUCCUUCACAACUGUUGCUAUAGAAAGUAUUGAAGGAACGGUUGAAGAAACUGGUGGGGAUGCAUUAUAUUGUAAACCUCCUAACUUUCCACAAGGUUUAACAUCGGAUGACGACAUAACGACGAUGAGAAACAUUAGAUGUAAAGAUGUUUAUGUCAUGAAGGAUGAACAUAAUAUUAAAUUCACUGCUCAAGAUUUAUAUGACAAGAAAGCAGACAAGAACCAUACACAUAAAUCCUUCACUACUGUUAGAGCAGACGACAUAAUAUUGAACUUUGACCUUGGUUCAAGUGCACCUUUAGAGAAUCCGAGUACAAGCGUAAAAGAUACUCUUAACAAUUUAGAUAAGAGUUGCAGGAAUACCGAAGAUCAUGCCAGAAACUUUGAAGCAUAUGAACUACCAGCAAUGUUAGACAAGAAAGCAGAUAAAACUUAUGUGGAUGCAGAACUAACAAAGAAAUUUUCGAAACCAGAUACAAUGACAUUUACAACAGAAAUUAUAAAUGGUGAACCAGCAACUCCAUUUGAAUUUGUUAGAGGUCUUCAACCAGAUACUUUUGAAUUUUUCUUGGAUAAUUCUAUUGAACUAACAUUACAUUAUAAAAGUGGAACAAAUGCAACAUUUCAUCCGGGAGAUACAUUCCAAAUGGUAUUUAAUGACAUAAGUUCUUUAGAAUAUGUUUAUAGAGUUAUGAGCAUAUAUGAUUUAAUAUAUCCUAUAGGAGCUGUUUAUACGUCUAUGAAUCCAAUAAAUCCAAACACUUUAUUUGGUGGUAGAUGGUAUGAAAUAGUUGACAGUUUUCCAUUCUACACUAAUACGCAGUCAAUGAAGAUGGGAGGUUCAAAGAAAAUAGGUAUUGAAAACCUUCCUUCACAUAUGCAUAGGUUCAGUGGAAGAACAUCUGUGGAAGGAAACCAUUCACAUUCAAUAACAAAAAGAGGUUAUACAAAUCUUGCAGCGGGUUCGGAUAGACAGGGAAUGCAUAGAUAUGAUAUCACAACUGACCCCAAAGAUGUUAGCACAGGUAUUUUCUGUGGAACUGCAGGAAAUCAUACACAUGUUGUAGCUGGUAUUACAGACCCAGCAG